AUGGACCCUGAGCGCUGCGCGCCCUUCGGCGCGGGGCCCGCACCCGGCCCCUAUGCGGCCGCGGGGGACGAGCCUUCGGGCCGCCAGGGGAACCCCGCCACUGUGCCUCACCUGCACCCCGCGCCGCCCCACGGCCCGCGGCUGACCCGCUUUCCGGCCUGCGGGCCCCUGGAGCCCUACCUCCCAGAGCCUGCCAAGCCGCCCGCCAAGUACCUGCAGGACCUCGGGCCGGGCCCGGCGCUCAACGGCGGCCACUUCUACGAGGGCCCCGCGGAAGCCGAGGAGAAGGCCUCCCAAGCCGCCAGCUUCCCCCCGCUGCCCUUGGACUGCCCGGGGGGCCCUGGAGACGCGCCCUCACACUUGCAGGGCUCCCCGGACCCCUGCCUGGCCAGCCUGCGCGUCCCGCUUUCCCCAGGACUCCCUGACUCCAUGGAGUUGGCCAAGAACAAGAGUAAGAAGCGCCGGAACCGCACCACCUUCAGCACCUUCCAGCUGGAGGAGCUGGAGAAAGUCUUCCAGAAAACCCACUACCCGGACGUGUAUGCCCGCGAGCAGCUGGCUCUGCGCACGGACCUGACCGAGGCCCGGGUGCAGGUCUGGUUCCAGAACCGCAGAGCCAAGUGGCGGAAGCGUGAGCGAUAUGGGAAGAUCCAGGAAGGGCGGAGCCCCUUCUCAGCCGCCUAUGACAUCUCAGUGCUGCCCCGGACUGACGGCCACCCCCAGCUGCAGAACACCCUGUGGCCCAGUACAGGGUCUGGGAGCCCGGGGGGCCCCUGCCUCGUGUCGCCAGAGGGCAUCCCCUCCCCGUGCAUGUCCCCAUACUCCCACACCCACGGCAACAUGGCCGGCUUCAUGGGGAUGCCAGCCUCCCCUGCUGCGCACCCUGGCAUCUACUCCAUCCACGGCUUUGCUCCCGCCCUGGGGGCCCACAGCUUCGAGCCCUCCCCAGAUGGCGACUGUAAGUCUCCAAGCCUCAUCUCGCUCAGGGUGAAGCCCAAGGAACCGCCCAGCCUGCUGAACUGGACCACGUGAGGGGGUCCCAUGGACACAUGGCAGACUGAGCUGCCCACCUGUUUCCGUCCCUCGCUGCUCCCAGCCCCAGCCCUGCCUGGGCAUUGGAGAGGACACAUCUCUGCCUUCAGGGGGCCCUCAGCCCCUGGGCAGGAACGUGCUAUGAGGUCUUUCCUCUUAGAACAAGGUGGGGAUGCCUGGGAGAAAGCGGGCUUUGAGGCAGGUAGGAGCCCUCCUACCAGAACCUAGCCCCCUCACUCGAAGAGGCUCCCCUGAUCCCUCAAGACUUUGCCCAAGUCCACCUGUCAUCUCUGUAGCUGAAACGGCUUAACUGGCUCCUUGUUCGGGGAGCAGGAGCCAGAGGACUGCUGGCUGAGCUGAAAGGAGCCUGCGUGGCCAUCCGGGGUCGGCCUCGCUUCCCCUUCCUACCACCAGGGGGCGUGCACCCAGCAUCUGGCGCUCACAAGGACCUGGAAGGCAGACACAGCACCAAGACGCCCUAGCGCCUCCUCCGGCCAUCCCUUACUCCUGCCCGGUGCCGGUUUCCUGCAACACUCCAGAAUCAUCUCCCCCCCCCCCCCAAGGGGGCAUGAAGUCCACCAGAAGCCCCCACAAUCCUUGGAUUCUCUUCCCCGGGAUCAGGCCAGAGCCAUGCCGUGGAAACUCUGAGGCUGGUCAGGAUAAAACAAUUCCCCAGACUCUGAGCCGGAGAUCCCGACCACCACUUGUGUAAAGAUACUUUUGUCCGUGUGUGUAUG